AUAUUUUCCCGGAUUUCCCCUCUACAAACACACAGAUCUAGCAUAAGACUCAAGAGCUUCUGUCAUCCUCCAAUGUCGCUGGGGAGUGAGAGGGAGAUUAAGGUUUUGGAUCUGUCGUCUGAUUAGAGUAGGGGAAAUGGACGUGGAGAGGUCUUCGUUGUGUAAUUGCGUGGUGAACUUUCUGUUGGAGGAGAAGUAUCUGCUAACGGCAUUCGAGCUACUCCACGAGCUCCUCGACGAUGGCCGAGACGCCCAGGCAAUUCGUCUCAAGGACUUCUUCUCCGAUCCCUCUCAAUUCCCUCCCGAUCAGAUCACUCGCCUCAACUCGCUCCGAGUUGCAGACCCUCAGAGUUUGCUAGAAGAGAAAGAAGCAAUGGAAGAAAAACUAGCAAUCAGUGAGUACGAGCUUCGUUUAGCCCGAGAGGACAUUUCAAAAUUGAAGGCUGAAUUAAACAAGAAAACAGAAACACCUCAUGAAGAAUCGAGUGAGUCAAAUAUAGAUGUUUCUGUAAAUCAUGGGCCAGAGUUUCAACGGCAAAAAAGGGAUUCUUCCCUCUACGAUUUGGGACCUUUGAAGGAUAAUGAACGUCGAGAUCUUAACUGUGCUGUAAAGGAAUAUUUGCUUUUAGCAGGGUAUCGGCUCACUGCAAUGACAUUUUAUGAAGAGGUCACUGAUCAGAAUCUAGAGGUUUGGCAGAAUUCACCAGCAUGUGUACCAGAUGCCUUACGGCAUUAUUAUUAUCAGUAUCUUUCAUCCACUACAGAGGCUGCUGAGGAGAAAAUUGCCAUGCUUCGAGAAAAUGAGUCAUUGAUAAAAUUAAAUGAGAGGCUUACUCAUGAAAAGGUUUUCCUAUUAAAGAACAAAGAUUUGGCCGAUGGUCAAAUAAGUACAUUGACUAGAUCCUUAGAAGCUCUUCAGAAGGAUCUUAAAGACAAAGAAAGCCUGGUACAAGAUUUGAAGCAGUCCUUGGAGCACCAACGGAAGGAGCUCAAUGAUUGCAGAGCUGAAAUCACUGCACUGAAAAUGCAUAUAGAAGUAUCUCAUCUGGGACGAAAUUUGGUAGCUAGCAAUGUGGAUCAUGUCCAAUCCCAGUCUUUAGAAAAAUACAAGGAAGACAUAAAUUCGCUGCAGAAGGAACUAGAAAGUUUGAAAGCAAAAAAUAGGAUUGCUCCUGGUUCUAUAAAUUCUAUCAAUUCAGAAAAAGAAUCUGCCCAGACGGAAGAGAAAGUUGUUGAGAUACUUGAAGAUAAAAGUAUAAUAUCUCAUCCAGUUGAUGCAGCAUCAGAAGUUGUAGACAAUUUAGUUUAUCAAUUACAGGCUACCCAAACUUUUGAUGACAACACAGAUGGAUCUGAGAAAGUUUCACAAGAGUUAUCAAUAAAUUCUUCAAAUGAUAUUAGCAUCUUCAAAAAUGGUGAGAAUGUUUCCAAACCCAAUGGUGAUUCACAAUCAGAAGAAAGCAGGCUACCUCUAAAAUCAGACAAUUUAUCUGGUGAAGCUAAUCCAGAAAAAACGGGCUUAGAAACCAUUCAGAUCUUGGCAGAUGCCUUGCCCAAGAUUGUUCCUUAUGUCUUGAUCAACCAUCGUGAGGAACUUCUUCCUCUGAUAAUGUGUGCGAUUGAGCGCCAUCCAGAUAGCACCACUAGAGAUUCCUUGACCCACACUUUGUUUAAUUUAAUCAAACGUCCAGAUGAGCAGCAGAGACGAAUUAUAAUGGAUGCAUGUGUCAGCCUUGCUAAGAAUGUUGGAGAAAUGAGAACAGAAACAGAAUUGCUUCCUCAGUGCUGGGAACAAAUAAAUCACAUGUAUGAGGAGCGCAGGCUGCUUGUUGCCCAGUCAUGUGGAGAGCUUGCAGAAUUUGUCCGGCCUGAGAUUCGUGAUUCUCUAAUUUUGUCUAUUGUGCAACAACUUAUUGAAGAUUCUGCAACUGUUGUCCGGGAGGCUGCUGCUCAUAAUCUGGCUUUGCUGCUUCCACGUUGUCCAAAUGUGGAGAAAUAUUUCAAGGUGGAGGAGCUCAUGUUCCAAUUAAUAUGCGAUCCUUCUGGAGUUGUGGUCGAAGCUACACUCAAAGAACUAGUUCCUGCAGUGAUAAAUUGGGGAAACAAAUUAGACCAUAUUUUGAGAGUUUUACUUUCCCAUAUCUUGAGCUCUGCUCAGCGCUGUCCACCUCUUUCGGGGGUUGAAGGAUCCAUGGAGUCGCAUCUUCGAGUUUUAGGAGAACGGGAACGCUGGAGUGUUGAUGUUUUACUGAGAUUGCUGACAGAAUUGCUUCCUUAUGUGCACCAGAAAGCACUUGAGACAUGCCCAUUGUCUGACGAUCCUGAAACAUCAGGAACAACAUUUUCAACCUCCUUGCUUGAGUUGUAUGCAGGGGGACAUGUUGAAUGGCCUGCAUUUGAGUGGAUGCAUGUCGACUGCUUUCCUGACUUGAUUCAGCUUGCCUGUUUGUUACCUCAGAAAGAAGAUAGUUUACGAAAUCGAACUACAAAGUUUUUGUUGGCUGUAUCUGAACAAUUUGGGGAUUCUUACAUCACGCACAUAAUGCUGCCUGUAUUUUUGGUAGCAGUUGGGGAUGAUGCUGAUUUGACAUUUUUCCCUUCUAGAGUCCAAUCAAGAAUAAAAGGUUUGAGACCAAGAACUGCCAUGGCCGAGAAACUCGCUACUACGUGUGUCUUGCCACUACUUUUGGCAGGCGUGUUGGCUUCUCCUCAUAACCAUGAAAAGUUAGCAGAUUACUUGAGAAAGCUGUUGAUUGGAGGUAGCAUGGAGGAAAGUACACCUACAAAGCGCAAUGAGAUUUUCAAUGCUAUCCGUUUCCUUUGCACCUUUGAAGAACAUCAUGGUAUGAUUUUUAAUAUUCUGUGGGAAAUGGUUGUCAGCUCCAACAUAAAUAUGAAAAUAAGUGCUGCUAAUUUGUUGAAAGUCAUUGUACCGUAUAUCGAUGCAAAAGUUGCUUCUACUCACAUUUUGCCUGCUCUAAUUACUCUGGGCUCUGACCAAAACCUAAAUGUGAAGUAUGCAAGCAUAGAUGCAUUUGGAGCAGUGGCCCAGCAUUUUAAAAAUGAUAUGAUUGUUGAUAAGAUACGCGUACAAAUGGAUGCUUUUCUUGAAGAUGGAUCUCAUGAAGCUACUAUUGCUGUGGUUCGUGCUAUGGUUGUUGCUGUACCACAUACAACAGAAAAAUUGCGAGAUUAUCUUUUGUCCAAGAUUUUCCAACUCUCAACCACCCCAACUUCUGCAAGUGAUGUGCUGCGUCGUCGUGAGAAAUCCAAUGCAUUCUGUGAGGCAAUUCGUGCUCUGGAUGCUACAGAUCUUCCAGCAACUAGUGUUAGAGACUUCCUCCUACCUGCUGUGCAGAACCUGUUAAAAGACACAGAUGCACUGGAUCCAGCACACAAGGAAGCCCUUGAAAUCAUAAUGAAGGAAAGAUCAGGUGGAACUUUUGAGACAAUCAGUAAGGUGAUGGGUGCUCAUCUUGGACUUGCCUCAUCAGUAAGUAGUUUCUUUGGGGAAGGUGGGCUGCUGGGCAAGAAAGAAAGUACAGAGCCACCACAAGAGCCUCCCAAGUCCCCAAAUCCAUUGCCACCGCUGCCAGUAGAGGACACUAGAUUUGGUCGUAUCAUGAGGGGCAAUUUCACAGACAUGCUCAGGGUAAAAGUAAAGAGCCAAGAGGAAACUCAGAACCCAUGAAGUUUGAUGUUGACCUAUCAAUGGUGUCCCGUGGGGAUAAUUUUAUUUUAUUUUUAUCUCCUAAUAUGUCAGGUGAAGCGGUUUUUGUUCCCUGUUUAUCAGGUCAUGAUAGACUGAAAACAGGAAUUUUUUUUUUUUUUUUUAAUUAUUCUUUUGAUGGUUUCAUUGUGGGAUAUCAAAAGUAGGGGGGGGGGCGUAAAUUCUUGCUGAAAUUCUGAUACGUUUUAAUUCCUAAUAGCACAAAAUGAUAUGAACAUUGUUCAAUCUUCA